AUGCGACGAACUGGAAGGCCUACAAACCUAACUGCACAGGAGCAAGUUGAAGCUAAGCGCGUAUAUGCAAAUGCCAUUAAACGAGCAUCCAUAGAAAACUUCCGCCAGUUUUGCAAUCAACAAGGGAAGGAAAAAGUUUGGUCUCUUACAAACCGACUCGUAAGAGAUGCACCAACUCAACGUCCGCCAGUUACUCUUCAGAGUCACGGAUCAUUUUCGUCGACAAGCUUACAAACUGCAGAGGCAUUACUGCAACAUCUCUACCCCGAUGACACCCCCGACAACACCUUUCGCCAACGUGAUCUACGGAGCCGAGUUAAAACCAUCAUUGAAACUCAUGAUGAUGAAGACUUUACGGAGGAAGAAGUUAUCGAAGCACUAUCGACAAUGAACGCUAACAGAGCCCCUGGUUUGGACAAUUUAACGUCAGAUAUAUGCCUAGCUUUUGCGCGGUAUUUUCCAAAAGCGUGGAAAAAGGCAUUUGUAAAAAUCUUGCCUAAAGCCAAUAGGACUAAUAUUGACGAACUGGGAUCCUACCGGCAUAUAGGGCUUCUACCAGUUUUUGGAAAGAUGCCCUUCGUUAAUCAUAUCGAGACACAGAAACGGAAAUUCCGUCAAGUUAUUUGUAUAUCGCUUGACAUCAAAGCAGCAUUCGACAACGCUUGGUGGCCCGCACUUCAGAACAAAUUAGAACGAAUUCAAGCGCCAUCUAAUAUUUACAAGCUUAUCGGUAGUUAUUUAGAAAACCGAGAAGUUACAAUUGAUUAUGCGGAAGCAACGGCCACUAAGAUGAUGACAAAGGGCUGCAUCCAAGGAUCG